AUGAAAUAAAGACCAAGACAGAUCGAUGCAUCAAAGCCAGUGCUCACAGUUAGCUCUUUGGAUGCAUUCAACAAUGCUGAAGGGCAGGAAGCAGACAUUAAAAACACGGAAUAAAUCAUUACUCCUGAUUAACUCUUAAAAGAGAAGUAAAUUACAUAUAUCUGUUUAAUUACCAAAAGAGGAGUCCAAGAGAAUAGAAUUCACCUCUCUCAAAUGUGA